AGCAUUAUCCGAACAAGAGUGUGAACUAUGGAUCAAAGGUUUAUAUCAUCUUGUAAACGAUACUGUUUGUGCUCCAUAUCCAUUACAAGUUGAAAGAUGGCUGCGAAAAGAAUUUUAUACUAUGGAAAAUUCAAGGGAAACAGUGACAUUGAAAGAUAUAAAAUCUUUUUUUCCUCGUGUUCAUUGUAAAAUUUCUACCAGUAAACUACGAGAGUUGUUUCAAGAAGUUGAUACCAGGAAGCGCAACGAGCUUAAUUUUGAUGAGUUUGUCACUCUCUAUAAUAAACUUAUCUAUAAUUCAGGGAUUUUCAAUGAAUGUUUUUCAAUGUAUUGUUCAGCUGAUGACACAUUCAACGUUCAAAAUCUUACAAGGUUUCUGAAUGCUGAGCAAGAAAGCUUAUGCCUCGAAGAAGAAGUUGUUGCUAAACACAUGAAAGAAUAUUUCAAGUAUUGUGGAAAAGAUUUAAACGAUAAGCUACAAUUUACCUCAACUGACGUAAGUUAUUUCAUAUAAAUUAUCCAAACACUUAAUUUGAUAACACCAACAGUAAAAAUUACACCAAACUUCAACAAUUUGUAGCUAUCCAUUUUAUUUUAUAACAAAAUGUAAUUAACACUAUAACAAUGUAUUCGAGAUUCCWAUAGUAAGUUGUAACUUGUAAUAUUCAUUUAUUCAAUAUUAAUUGCAGGACUACUAUCUCUAGGGGGCGGAUAAAAUUAAGGAUAUCAUACUAUCUCUUAUCACACAUAAAAUAUGUCUUGAGAUGAAAAUAAAUUGGGUGUAAUUUAUUUUAAUUAUAAUAUAAUUACACGUUACUCGUAAAUAGCAUUAUAUUAUUAUGUAUGUAUAUAUUAUA